AUGCGGUCAUUCGCCCGGCUCGCCAGCCUCGUGCUGGCUGCGCUCGCCGCCGUCAAUGCCUCGCCGGUCGUGAUCCGCGCCGACGGCAACGGCACGCUCUCGGAGGAGUUCCCCGUCGAGGCGCGCGACGUCAUCAUCGACCUGCACUCGCGCCAGAACCCGUCGUGGAACUACAACACGCAGAAGAUCCGCGGCGUGAACAUCGGCGGCUGGCUCGUGGCCGAGCCGUGGAUCACGCCGGACCUGUUCGACAACACCGGCGACAACCGCGUCGUCGACGAGUACACGUUUGGCCAGUACGUCGGCAACGCGCGCAGCCGCCUGCAGGCGCACUGGGCGUCGUUCAUCACAGAGAACGACUUCCGGCUGAUUGCGUCGUAUGGCCUCAACCACGUGCGCAUCCCCAUUGGCUACUGGGCCUUUGAGACGAGCGCCGGCGAGCCAUACGUGCGCGCCGACCAGCUCGACUACCUGCGCAAGGGUGUCGGAUGGGCGGCUAAGUACGGGCUGCGCGUGUUCAUCGACCUGCACGGCGCGCCGGGCAGCCAGAACGGCUUUGACAACUCGGGCAAGAAGGGCAACGCCGACUGGUUCUUCAACGACGGCGCCCGCACGCGCGCCAAGAACGCAUGCAUCGCGCUGGCGCAGAUGUUUGCCAACACGCCCGCCGUCACGUCGAUCCAGCUGCUCAACGAGCCGCUGACGACCAACGGCGCCGGCCGCAAGGACUUCACCGACGCCUACUGGCAGGACGCAUACUACGGCGUGCGCUACGCCAACGGCAACACGCCCACGAACUACGUCGUCGGCAUCCACGACGGCUUCAAUGGCGUCGGCGCGUACCGUGGCUUCAUGCAGCCGCCGAACUUCCAGGCCGUCAUGAUCGACACGCACAUCUACACGAUGUUCGACAACGGCGUCAUUGGCCAGUCGCAGGACCAGCGCCUGCGCGGCCUCUGCGCGAACCGCCAGUCGCUCGCGGCCUCGCAGAAGAACCUGUGGACGGUCGUUGGCGAGUGGACGCCGGCUUUCACUGACUGCGCCAAGUACCUGAACGGUCGUGGCGUGGGUGCCAGAUACGACGGCACCUACCCGGGCUCGACGUACCGCGGUCGCUGCGACGGCACGAAGACGGGCGACGGCAGCCAGUGGUCCGCGACCUACAAGAGCUAUCUCAAGCGCAUGUUCGACACGCAGCGAGACAUCUACGAGCGGAGCAGUUCAGGGUGGAUCGCCUGGACGUAUAAGGCUCCGCAAGCAGCAGACUGGUCGUACUCCAGACUCGUUCAGUUGGGCGUAGUGACCACCAAUCUCAAUGAUCGCGGUAACGUCUACUGCUAG